AUGAUUUGGUUCAUUAUCUUCUUCAUCACUCUGGCUUCCUGCUCACCAUUUCUGCAACCCCUGGUACAGGAACGCGGCUCAGCGUUGUCAUGCCUCGGCUACCGCGGCGCCCCAGCUGGACUACCUGGCUUCAUCAUCGACCUUCGUCAGCAAAUCGAAGCCCAUGUCUAUAACGGCGAUGAUAUACCUCCUAUUGAACAGAUCCCCUUGUCCAGCUGGGCUGGUUCGGACCAGGAUCACCACUUUGCGUACCGCGCCUGGAGAACCACCCCUGCUGAAGGUACCGCCUUAUUCGAAGUCACUCUCGAGGUCCAAGUCACCGGCUCUGCCAAUGUCUUCGUCGAGUUUGGUGCGCAGUCUGCCCGUGUCGAUGAUGACCCAGGCCUGUCUCAUGUUACCAAUGGGUUGGCUAAUGGCUCUGGCUCUAAUCGUAUCCCGAGGCGGACUGCCUACUCCUUGCAAAUUGGUAUCAUCCAUCAAAACAUUACUACAGCUUGGCCGGAAAUUGGAGUCAGUAUUUGA